AUGGAGAAGCAGAAUCAUGGGGGUUUUUUAGAAUGUCAGCUUCCCAAGCUUGGUCAUGAGUAUGGGCACGUGGAAGUCACCGAAUCAGCCUAUGACCCUGGACCAUGGGAGCAUGGUCAGUUUCUUCCUGGUGGGACGGAUGUGAAAAUGAGUGAGUUAACCCUUCAAGCCCUCUGCAUUUCCAUACGGAUUGUAUACCCUGUUGAUUUCUGCAAAAGCUCAGUUGAUAUUCUGGUUGGGAUCACUCUGAAUAGACAUGGCGAAAGAGAGCACCCAGAGCUCUCCUCUCUCCUCACAUCUCAGCCUUCUGGAAAAUUCAUUUGCAGAUUGCCCGACAAAGGUAAAAAGAUCUUUGGCACUGUUGCCAAACUGAAAGCUGCCAUUGCAGAACGUGAAGAGGUUAGAGGAAAAAGUGAACUGUUUCAUCCUAUUAGUUUAGACUAUAAGCUAAGGCAAAAUGCAGUUUCAGGAGUUGAUGUGGAUGUAGAUAAGCCCCAGAAUUCUGACCAGAUACUUGAUACUUCAUCACCAGUUCCUGGCUGUUCUCCUGUGGAUAGCAUCAAGUCAUCUAAAACAACCUCAGAAAAGCAGGGACUUGUGCAUCCUGCUCACAGAGACAAUGAAGACACUCCAGAGGCUGAGUACACGGUGAGCAAGGGCCCAGCUUCCAACAGCAGAGCCAAGGGAGCUUCCUCAUCUGAAUCUAUUGAGCAUCUCUCCCAGCAUUGUGCUUCAGAUCGAGAAGACAUCUCCUGCAGCCUUGACAACCUGUUUAUUGACAGGUUAAAAAGAAUCACACUUGCAGAUCAAGGUGAACACCAUUCAGAAGAAAAACUGAGUGCUGAAAACUCAACAGACCUUUGCAGUGGGACUCCUAAGAAGCCUCAUUACAUGGAAGUGCUAGAAAUGCGAGCUCAAAACCCAGUGUCCCUGCCACAUAAAUUUAAAACCAACGUGUUGCCAUCACAGAAAAAUGACUCAACUGGUCACUGUCAGAGGGGAGAGCCGCCUGUUUCCUCAGAGGAGCGGCGGCGCAGGGAUAAGCAGCAUCUUGAUGACAUCACUGCCGCGAGACUCCUACCACUUCACCAUUUGCCUACACAGCUGCUCUCCAUAGAGGAGUCUUUGGCUCUUCAGAAACAGCAGAAACAGAAUUAUGAGGAGAUGCAAGCGAAGCUCGCAGCACAAAAAUUAGCUGAAAGACUGAACAUUAAAAUGCAGAACUAUAAUCCAGAAGGAGAGUGUUUGGGGAAAUACCGAGAAGUAAAGGAUGAAGAUGCCGGGCAGUCCUCUGAUGAUGGAUUCUGAAGAUGGGCACUGGAAUAAUCUAAGCCUCCCACUGUCGAGAUGCUAUUAUCUUACAUCAAACUUCCUAACAAGUAUCAAGAUCAGUGUCAGACCUUGAGGGGAAAAUUUCAUAAAGUUACACAAAGGUAGCUACAAUAGAAAGCCCAUUGAUCUUUCAGAAGAUGAUUUUUAUGUGUUUGAAAAGUUUAAUAUCCAAGUAUUGUGUUUAACCACAUUGUAUUAAAGUUUUGCAGUAUGUUGUGCA